AUGGCCACCUUAAACGCCACUUCAUCGUCAUCGACUCUCAGCGAUGGAGUCGAAGCAGACGUCGAAAGUCAAAUCCGUGAGCCCUCAACACGAAGCAUCCCACACUGGCGACUCGUGGCCAGCCAGGCCCUGAUCACAGACGAGGUCCUGAACCACAAGUACAAAGGCUCCGGCACCACAGAAGACCCGUACGUCGUGGAAUUCAUCCGGCACGAUCCCCGCAACCCUCUGGAAUGGUCGGGGUCGAAGAAAUGGUUCAUCACCCUGACCAUGGCCAUCGCGACCCUGGCGGUCUCAUUCGUCGCCUCCGCCUUCUCUGGCGGCGUCAAGCAAGUCAUCGACGAGUUCCACUGCAGCCAGGAAGUCGCCACACUGGGGAUCUCACUCUUCGUGCUUGGCUUUGCACUCGGCCCGCUGAUCUGGGCGCCGUGCUCGGAGCUGUACGGGCGCCAAGUGCUCUUCUUCGGCACGUACGCGAUGCUCACGAUCUUCAACGGCGCCGCCGCGGGUUCCAACUCCAUCACCACGCUGCUGGUCCUCCGGUUCCUCGCUGGGACAUUCGGCUCGUCGCCUCUCACCAACGCCGGCGGCGUCAUCGCAGAUAUGUUCCAGGCGAACGAGCGAGGCCUGGCGCUGAGCAUCUUCGCGGCCGCGCCAUUCCUGGGGCCCGUCAUUGGGCCGAUCGUGGGCGGCUUCUCCAGCCAAGCGCUUGGAUUCCGCUUCCUGGAAGGCCUGAUGGCCAUCUUCACGGGCUUUCUCUGGCUCGUCGGCGCCCUGACCAUCCCGGAGACCUAUGCGCCCGUCCUACUGAAGCGUCGCGCCGCAGCACUGGCCAAACGCACGGGGAAGGCCUACGUCUCGAUCAUCGAGCGGCGCCAGGGCAAGCAGUCCCCCGCAGCCGCGUUCAAGAAAGCGCUCACUCGGCCGUGGGCACUCCUCUUCCUGGAGCCCAUCGUUCUGCUCAUCUCCAUCUACAUGGCGAUCAUCUACGGGACGUUGUUCCUCCUGUUCGGCGCAUACCCGAUCGUGUUCCAACAGGGACGCGGGUGGUCGCAGGGCGUCGGCGGGCUCGCCUUCCUCGGCGUCGCCGUCGGCAUGAUCUCCGGCACCGCGUACACGAUAUUCGACAACAGACGGUACAAGCGCGUCGAGCAGGCCUAUGGCGGCGCCCCGCCGCCCGAGCAAGGCCGCCUCCCACCAGGGAUGAUCGGCGCCGUGGCCAUCCCCAUAGGCAUGUUCUGGUUCGCAUGGACCAACAGCCCCUCGAUCCACUGGAUCGUGUGCAUCAUCGGGUCCGUCCCCUUCGGCUUCGGCAAUGUGAUGGUGUUCCUCCCGUGCAUGAACUACCUGAUCGACGCAUACACUAUCUACGCCGCGAGCGUGCUGGCCGCGAGCUCUGUGCUGCGGUCGCUCUUCGGCGCUGCCUUCCCACUGUUUACGAGCCAGAUGUACGACGCCUUGGGGAUCCACUGGGCGAGCUCCGUCCCGGCGUUCCUCGCUCUUGCGUGUGCUCCCUUCCUCUUUGUGUUCUACAAGUAUGGGGAGCGCAUCCGCAUGAAGUGUAAAUAUGCCGCUCAGGCGCACGAGGUCAUGGAGCAGCUGAGGCUGUCGAGGCUGAAGACCAACGAUGAGCCUCCGGCCCCUGCCGCCGUGGUCGACGAGAAAUAA